CUCUCUUGUCCCUUUGCAGCCUCUCAAGUGCUCUUUCAUCGCCAUGUUGUUCUCUCGUGUUCUCUCUUUCUUCGCGUUUGCAGCGACCUUUGGCAGUCUCGCUGUAGCCCGUGCUGUUCCCGAGAAGCGCGACAUAGCGUCCAUCCAACAGACGGUUUCGAACCUCAAGUCGACCACUGACACAAUCGUGUCAGAGAUCCAGGGUCUGAUCGCGAACAAGAAUGCGACGGACGCGACAGUUGCCCCUCUCAUGAGCGAACUCAUCACCGCGAUUUACAAUGCGAGCAAUGCUACUGCUUCGUCCGCACCCCCAGCUCUUGUGAAGCGCCAGGAUAUAUCUGGCAUUGCUAAUGAGCUGACAUCCGUCAUAACGGCUGUCACAGGGAUGCUUCAAAGUCUGGCACCAGAGCUUUCGGGUAUUCCUGUCGUUGGAUCUCUCGUGCCGGAACUCGGCGGCGCGCUCACCUCGCUUCUUUCUGGUCUUUCGCUCGUGACCGGUCUCCUCUCUACUGUUCUUGGCCUCUUGGGACCUGUCACUGGGAUUCUCGGUGGACUUGGCUUUUUGGGAGGUAUCCUCGGCCUAUUGGGAGGUCUUUGAGGCAGUGCCAGUUGAAGGGAUUUACUUGGCGUUCAAGCAGUGAAGCCAAAUCGAAGAAGGGGCUUGAUAAAUACAGUAAUAAGCCAUACGAUCGUUAGGAAUUUCAGAAAUUAGCGUUCUCCGGGAC